AUGAGAAAAGCUGGGCUGUCGGCAAAGCAGCAAACACCGACAGCCCCACAGAGCUGCAGGGUUCUAUUUCUGACCUCCCUGGACUAUCCGCGUCUUUGACACAAUGAGCUGCAGCAGCGUUGCAGAAUCCGAGUUUUCGGAGGAAGAGCUGGAGCUCGGUGCUCUAGGCCAAGGUGAGAGCGAGGGAAGUCCCAAGGUGUCGUUCCAGGACAGCGAGAGCUCUACUGGCAGCCCGAGCGACCCGGAGGAGGACCUGACCAAGAAGCGCAAUCGGCCGGUUCGCUCCAAAGCUCGACGUAUGGCAGCCAAUGUCCGUGAGAGGAAACGCAUUAUGGACUAUAACCAAGCCUUCAAUGCUCUUCGGGUCGCCUUGAACCAUGACCUUAGCGGCAAACGGCUCUCAAAGAUCGCCACGCUGCAGAGGGCCAUCAAUCGGAUCUCAGCUCUCUCUGUGUUCCUGAGCACUAACCCAGCCAGCAAACCUUGCACCCAUCGGGAAUGUAACAGGUCAUCGGCGGGGAUGGCACCAAUGGCAGCCUCACGACUGGAGCAGACUAGGGUGACCAUCCCUCGUCUGGAGCAUCAAAAUUAUGCUCCCUGGCACGCGUCCAUCUCCCAGCAACCGCAGCAGGGGCCUCACGUGUACAGGUGCCCCACGGAGCCUCACGUCUACGUAGAUACCAGUGUCUCCUCGUGCCCCCCGUCACCACACUACCCCUGUUAUCCCACAGAAGGACAGCUUUAUGCUUCACGAGGCCAUUGCGGCAGCUCUCGCGAACAUCCACCAAGCCCCCUGCGGUUCUCUCAGGUGGGUGACGGGUUGGGGUACCAGCCUGGAUUAUGGGGCUCCUGCACUCAGGGUUACAUCGACACUUUUGUGGAGCCAUCUGCAGCUUUGGGACUUCCCUGGCAGGUGAACUACAUGCAGGAGCAGGAACACAACCUCUCUUUGGGCUCAGAAACCCAACUAUGAAUGUCGUUGAUCUGUGGAAUUAUCUCAGGGACAAUUUUGGUUUCUGGCGAUGGAUCAGUAUUACAAUCCAGAUCAUAGUUGGCAUAAAUUGUCAGCCAAUUUGAAUAAGAGUGCAAUGAUGAGCUGCUGAAUGCUCUUAAAGAAUGUUCCGCUGUAUUUUAGAUCAUUCACACAAAAUGGUUGCAUUGUCAUUUACUGGUUACUGUGCAAAAGCUGUUAUUUUUUAUCACUGAGUGCUGCAUAAGUACUGACUGUAUGUGCUACACUGUUACGUAAUGCACACAUUUCUCUAAUGUAUUUAUUUCCUCUUUUGUCAUACAAGU